AUGGGAUACAAAUUUUUGAGGCUAGCUUCAACUUCAUUCAGGAGUGGAAAUGUACCAAUUGGUAUUAGACAUUACUCCUCUGCCCAUGACGCCGACGUAGUGGUAAUCGGUUCAGGCCCUGGUGGAUAUGUAGCAGCUAUCAAAGCAGCACAAAUGGGUUUGAAGACCAUCUCCGUUGAAAAAGAUCCUACCUUGGGUGGUACUUGUUUGAAUGUUGGCUGUAUUCCCUCAAAGGCCUUACUUCACAAUUCCCACUUAUAUCAUAUGGCGAAACAUGAUUUCAAACACAGAGGUAUUGAAGUGGGAAAUAUUUCUUUCAACUUUGACGCUAUGAUGAAGUACAAGGAAAAUGCUGUUAAAGGCCUAACCGGUGGUAUCGGCAUGUUGUUCAAUAAGAACAAGGUUAAACUAGUUCGAGGACACGGUUCCAUUGUAGCUCCAAACAAAGUUGAAGUCAAAGGGGAGAAAGGCGUUGAAACUAUUAACACCAAAAACAUUAUUAUUGCAACUGGCUCUGUAGUUACACCAUUCCCAGGUGUCACGUUUGAUGAAAAACAAAUAGUCUCUUCAACCGGAGCUCUAUCUUUACCUAAAAUGCCGAAAAAGAUGUUGGUUAUUGGUGCAGGAGUUAUUGGUCUGGAGUUGGGAUCAGUUUACCAAAGACUGGGUGCUGAUGUAACAGCCAUUGAAUUCCUUGAGAAUAUUGGAGGCGUCGGUAUUGACGGUGAGGUUUCCAAAACCCUGCAUAAGAUCAUGAUGAAGCAAGGCAUGAAAUUUAAACUCGGCACCAAAGUUAUGGGAAUUAAGAAAGAUGGGAAUAGUGUGAAGGUAGAUGUUGAGGCUGCUAAAGGUGGAAAUAAAGAAACUUUGGACUGCGACGUGGUAUUGAUAUCUAUAGGUCGUCGUCCAUUCACGGAGGGUCUUGGUUUAGAUAAGGUCGGCAUUGCCUUGGACGACAGGGGCCGUGUGCCAGUCAACAACAAAUUCCAAACUACCGUGCCCGGAAUUUACGCUAUUGGUGACGUCAUCCAUGGUCCCAUGUUGGCCCACAAAGCCGAGGACGAAGGCAUCGUUUGUGUCGAGGGGAUCAAAGGUAUGCCGGUACAUUUCAACUACGAUGCGAUCCCAUCGGUUAUUUACACCAGCCCUGAAGUGGGUUGGGUCGGGAAAUCGGAGGAGGAUCUCAAGAAAGAGGGAAAAGCAUACAAAGUGGGCAAAUUUCCGUUCCUGGCCAAUUCCCGCGCUAAAACAAACGGCGAGCCGGACGGCUUCGUAAAGGUUUUGGCUGACAAGGCGACCGACGUUAUUCUAGGAACACAUAUCAUUGGACCGGGAGGUGGUGAGUUGAUCAACGAGGCUGUGUUGGCGCAGGAGUAUGGAGCGGCCGCAGAAGACGUCGCCAGGGUCUGCCACGCGCAUCCUACGUGCGCCGAGGCCUUACGAGAAGCCAACAUGGCUGCGUACAUUGGCAAACCAAUCAAUUUUUAA